AUGGCUAAAUACAACAUCAAUUCUAUGAACCUGCAAUCAAAGGUAAGUGUUCUGACCACUCUGGAGAGACGCUUCAACCUCCAGAGCGCCGAUGUGGGCGUCAUUGCCAGCAGCUUCGAAAUCGGCAACCUGGCCCUCAUCCUGUUUGUCAGCUACUUUGGAGCCAAGGCCCACAGACCCCGCCUCAUUGGUUGCGGCGGGAUUGUCAUGGCGUUGGGGGCGUUGCUGUCGGCCCUGCCGGAGUUCCUGACGCAUCAGUAUGAGUACGAGGCCGGGGACUCGUGGCACGCCGAGGACGGCAGGGACGUCUGCUCCAACAACUCCAGGUCAGAAAACCGAGACUCUGGGUUUAAGUGUGGCAACAGAGCCAACACCAACAUGAUGUACCUUCUGCUGAUCGGAGCACAGGUUCUGCUGGGCAUCGGAGCCACACCCGUCCAGCCUUUGGGAGUGUCCUACAUCGACGACCAUGUCCACAGGAAGGACUCCUCGCUGUAUAUAGGUGAGUAA